GAAUUCCUUACCUUGACUAGCACAGCAUGCGACGAACCAAACCUUUGUCCUCAACAGAACCUUCUGGAAUAGUAACAGUAGUCCUGUUUACAAGUAACCAGGUGCUGGUAUUGAUCAGAGCCGGACGGUGGCGCUAUCUGUGGGCGGCCGGCCUCAGCCUAAUCAGUGAGCAAGUGGCGGCGAGUGGGGGAUUCAGCAAGAGCAGUGUCUCAUUGGAGGCCGAUAAUACAACAUGGAUAGGUGUUAGUGAGGGCCGUGUGCGUGUGUCUAUGUGCGUGUCUGUGUGAAUCGUCCAACUAAAUCUUACGAGAUCAGAAAAUGUCAGACAAGCCGGCACGUGGACAGAGCAAGAGGAACAAGCAAGGAGAGCAUAGUGACGGUGAAGCAGAAUUAUCACCGUCACAGAUAUUGGAGAGGGUAAAGCCUGACCGUGUAACUGUGACCAAGCCUGAGGAAGACCGGCGGCGAAGAACUAUUAUCGUAGAGAAGAACAGCGCUGGGUCCUAUGGGUUUACCUUACAGAGUUAUGGAAUUCAUUAUAAGAAAGAGCAGGAAAUAGAAAUGAUAACAUACGUGGAUUAUGUAGAAUAUGAUGGCCCAGCAUACCGAGCAGGGAUGAGAGAAGGUGAUGUUAUUCUUUCAAUAAAUGGUCAUGAUAUGGAGAAAACUGACCAUAAAACUUUAGUCAAUUUUAUUAAAAACUGUGAUUCCCGGAUGAGGAUGGUUGUUCUAUUUGAAGACUGUGUUCGAAAGGUUGAGCUUCAUAUGCGCUAUAUUCAACUUCAAAGACUACUUCAAACUAAAAUGUCAGAACUAGAAAGGCUCUGUGUAAGGGAGAAAGAGUUGCUUGAAGGAAAGUGGAAAACACAUAGUCUUCCAGCAAGAAAAAAAGGAGGAAAGUCAAUUGAUCCAAUUUUGAACCAGGUUGAGAAUGGUGACGCGAUUGGAUAUUGCCGGCCAACUGUUUCAACAGAGGAUAUGGCUCGUGCUACACCACCUCCUGGUUUUGGACCACCUCUUGUUAUGGUAUAUCCUCAGUAUCAAUAUGUGGACCAGCAAGGGCGAGCUUAUAUCAUUCGACCUCCAAACAGUAGUUCUGAAUAUUUACCUCCUUGGCCAAGUCCUUAUCAAAGUCGUUCUGAAGCAAAUGCAGGAAGAGCUGUUGUUCGUAGAAGCUCAGCCAGCAGCACUGGACAUGAGCCCCGAGGUUACCAUCAAAAUAAUGGUAUAGCAGCAGCGACACCCAAUUCAAAACAGUCAAAGGCAAGGAGCAGCAGCCAGAAAAGCCACCAUUGCAACCCUUGUAUGCAGAGUGCCACAAGCCCUCAGGACAACACAAGCCUUGAAGCCUAUGACCUUGCAAGCCCUUGCUGCAAUUCUCAUUGCGUCCCUUCAAGAAGAAGGAGGCACCAUCACAAAUCAAAGAAAUCUUCAUCAUCAUCUCAUUGUGAAAGGGAGGAAUGGAAAGAAAAUAAAUGCAACAGAUCAGGCCAAUCCUGCCCUUCUGGCUACACAUCUGGUUCUGGGCAAGGAUCCUCACAUCGACACUACCACCAUCAUCAUCAGUCAAGUAGAAGAUAUUUUAACUUGGUAAGCCAGUGUAGUUUGCAUUCCUGUACAUCGAGUGAAAUGAACAGUAACCAUGAAAAAAGUGGCAAAGUGGAGAACAAUGAUAGCAGUGCUGCAUCAUAUACAACUUCAUUGAGCACAGAUACAUUGUUUUGGGGAGAACCACAAGGGGAAAUUACUCGGCAGCAUUCUGUGAAGUCAAAUUCUUCACAAAGGGAAGCUAAACCCAAAUCAUGGGACAACCUUACAACUAAAGCAUUUGGUGGCUAUGGUUUUGGAUAUGGUUAUGUAGAGCGAAAACCUCCAAAAUAUGUUUUACCAAACAAAUCUUCAGAAAGUCUACUGCUUCUUCCAGAAUAUUCAGAUUCAAGUAUUGGCUGUGAUUGCUUGGACGGUCAUUCUAAAGAUAAGGCAAGUCAGACUGAGAGAAGGAUUGUAAAUCAGGCACAAGCACCAGAGAUAACAAGACUGUGAUACAACCAAAACAAUCGAUUAGUCAAUUCGACAACUGUCUAGUCUACAACAUACAGCAGAAUUGCCAAAGUGAGAAGGAGUUAGUCGGGGGUGCGGUCAAAUAAAUAAUAAAUUAAAAUAUAUUAAUUAUUUUAAUUUUUGCCGACGUUUCGACCCACCUUGCAGGUCGUCUUCAGGGCUACAAAAGAUACAAAACAUGUUGAAAAUAAAAAAUAAAUAUAAGUAGAAAUAAAAUAACAAGAAGUUGUCAGAUACAGAAAUAAAAAAUGGUAUCAGAGAUAUAGUGGGUGACAAUGUAGUUAAAUAUUAAGAAUUAUAUAUGUAGAAGAUACAAAUAAAUGGAAAAUAAGUAUGAUCAAAAAUAAAAAUAAAGGAGAAUAUAGCAUGUAAGUUAAAAGUAAACAUGUUAAAUACAAACAUUGUUUGUCAUAUCUUUACGAAUAUAAUUGUUUAGGUUAUGUGCAAUUCUUGUUAUGAAACCCUUUACAUCCUACCUUAUGCCAAAGAAAAAUAAAUUAAUAAAAAAAAAUAAUGGUGUAAAGGCACCUUUCCCUUUCUUGCAUGGAGCACCUAAUAAAAAUCAUCAGAUAAACAGAAACAAAUAUCAAAACAAUUCGAUCUCUAAAAUGCGUAACAUAGUGUUAGUAUCUCAUUAACAUAGCUGUCCUAAGUAUCAUAUCAUUAAAUUCAUUUAUAUCCUAUUCUUUUCUAAUCAAAAUAGUAGGAUAUAAAUGAAUUUAUAUCUUAUAUCUCUAACCUUUUCACAUUCCUUUGAAAACUGAACUAUUAGUUGACAGUUUAUGUAGGUAUUGGUUUAUAUCUACUGAGCUCUGAAUAAAGAAGACAUGUCUUAAGUUUUCAAUCAUUACUCUAGCCCAGGUGUUUCCAAACUAUGGCUUCAUUUGCAAGGACCUCCAAUCGAGUCCAGAAAGUUUCUUUGAUUACAUGGUAAAAUUUUAAAAAAUAUUAUAAAAAUAUAAAAUCUAGUACAUCACUCGACCACAAGGAUACGACAUUUAUUGGAUGAGUUGUUUCUCUUAAAAAUAUUUUUCACUACUGAAGUGCAAUGUAUAGAACAAGUUUGUUUUUUUCAUCACCAGCCUUGCCCCGUGAGACUUAGAGGAUGUCUUAAUGCGGCAUGCUGGGCUUAGAGGAGAUUUGAAUAUGGCCUAGGUACCAAGAGCCCUGCUCAAGCCAAAAAGGUGUGUGGAAGAAAAUAUGAUUUUGACACGAGACCAUUCAGUACAAAAAAUAUUUGAUAGCUCAAAAUGGUCUAAAAUCUUAAAAUUACUAUGCCAUGUUUUAAUUAUUUCAAGAAGAAUAAGUCUAGGUCAAGCUCCAUAACAAAUUAAGCUGAGAUUCACCUUCAGUGUCGUAUAAAACUUUUGUAAUGUGAAAUUCUAUCUCCACAUAGCACGAGUGUUUUCAGCAAAAAUAUUUACAAUAAAUUAUUUGAAAGCUCUUAUUUUAUUUUUUCCGUGGCCUGGGAUAUUUUUUAAUAAAUUAAUUACUAAAAUAAAAUAUUCAGUGUGGGUAUAACAAAUGAAAUUUUUCUUUUAAAAAUGAUGAAAUUUACCUAUUGACUUUAAAUAAUAACAUUUAAUAUUAAUAUUUCCUAAUAUAUGCAGUUGAAUUAUUUGUUUGCAUGAGUGCACUAACUAAUUUUAAGAAACACCUCUUCUAUUUUAACAAUAUUAUUUUUGUUAGACCAUUUAUUGAGGAAAUUUUUAGGUUUCAACCUAUAAGAUUAUAACAUUAAAAACUGUAGGAAAAUAUACUCAGCAAUAGACUAGCCUAUAACAACCGCAAGUAGAGCUUUGAAAGCUUCUAUAGCAUUGAAAUCAUGAAAAAUCUCUCAAAAUCAUAUAUUAAAGAUGUACAAAGCUAUGAUAAAACCAGUUUUAUAUAUAUUUGCAAAACAAGUAUCCAAGAAAAAUCUGGUGAGAUUUGAGAGGAAAUUAGUCCUCACAAUAACCAGAGGGAUCAAAUCACUACUACAUGGAGGAGGAAGAUCAGCAACCAACUGCUGAUAGAAACUGGUAAAUCAAUGCCUCAUGACAUGAAGGUAAGAAGGUUAAGAUGGGCAGGACAUUUAAUUCAAAGCAAUCCAUCACGAAAAAAAAUAAAUAAAAUUGUUGCUGAGAUACGCAAGAGGAUCAUGGCUGGAAACCGGAAAUACUUUAUCAAUCAAAUAUGUUUUUGAUCAUCGCUCCUGUCACAAGAAAUAAAAAUAAGAAUAUAUAAGACUUUAUUAAGACCUAUUGUAACUUAUGCAGCAAAAACAUGGACCCUUUGUGCAAGUACAAUUAGUAUGCAGAAUAUUUUUGAAAGAAUACUUUCAGAAUUAUGGAGCUGUUUGUGAAGAGGUUGUGUGGAGGUACUGAAAAAAUUCGGAGCUAUAUGAACUAUAUAAUAGUGGCAACAUAGUUAAUUUUGUUAAAACUAAGCGAAUAGAAUGGUUAGGCCAUGUGGCUAGAAUGGACAGCAGCAAUCCUGUCGCAUCCAUCUUAUAAGCCGGCUGUGAGAAACUGGAAUGAUAGGGCAAAGAAUAGAGAUUGGCAUGCAAUAAUCCAGGAAGCCAAGGUCCACCCCGAGCUAUAAAGCUGCAUAGUGAGUAAGUAAGUAAUCCAUCAGGAAGCCUCUACACAACAAUGAAUGCUUCAUUAGGAGGGUAGAGAACAGGUGGAAGGCCAAAAACCAGAUGGAUAUAUUUAUCAAAUCAACAAAGAUGCAGCAGAAUUGCAGAGAUAAGACGGCAAAGAAAUAGCCCAAGAUAGAAAAAGGUAGAGAAGCAGUAUAAGGCCGCCUACAAGAUCUGUUAAACCAAGAAAAAAAUAUAUUCUAAUUCUUUCAACAUUAAUGUUAUUUUAGGAGGUACUAUUAUAAGUUAAUUCAUAAAUUUCAUUAUUUGAUAUAGAAUUUCAUUUGUUACAACACACAUUAAAUAUUUUAUGUUGUUGUUUUGGGUUUAGGGGCAAAAAACUGCUGACGGUUAUCAUUGCCAAAUAUUUUAUGUGAUAAAUAAUUUUACAAAUCAAAAGUGUAUUCCACUAUUAAUUUAAUAUAAAAUAUCACAGGUCACACAAAAAAAAAAAAAGUGAGAUUUCAUAUAUUGUAUUGACAAAAUAUUUGCUAAAAACAGAGUAUAAAAUCUCAUUUAAUUGGUUUUAGUGCAGAUGGUAUUUUUAUUAAUUUUUAAACUAUAAUAUUAGAAACUAUAAUAAAACAAUGAACAACAAAAAAAUUAAGAGUUAAUAACUAUAUUUUAUUACUUGCAAUCAGAAAUUGUUUCUGAAUAUCUAUUUAGUCAACACAAUCUUAAAAUUGUGAUGUAUUCUACAUGUAAAAAAAUAAAAAUAAAAUAUAAAAAAAAAAGAUUAGGCAAAAUAAAAUCUUAUAUUGAUAAUAAAAUAUAAGAAAAAUGAGUGGGGUAUGUUAACACUAGAAUUAUAGAAAUUGUCAGCUUGCUGGCAUAAAAAAUAAUAUUAAUUAAAAUAAUAUAAUUAUACAUAUUUAUAAAUAUAAGAAAAUAUAUGAUUAUUUUAUUUGUUUAUUUUUCAUAAUUAUUAUCUUUGUUUAAUUUAUUGCUAUAUUUUGUUAACAUGAAUUUUUCAAUUAAUAUUUUAUCAGUUAUUUGUACCAGUAUUUCAGCAAAAAAAGAAACAGUUUAGAAGUUCAAAAAUUAAAACUUAAAAUUAACAAUAUUUAAUCAUAUUCUGUUAAAAAUAUUUAAUACAUGAAUGUAAAAAUUUUGAAAAUCGAGCUCAGGAAAAAAAUUUGCAUUGUAGCUGUUAGAAAUAUAUGACAAGACAUAUAUAUUUGUAACCACCUAACUGGUUAAGUAAUACAAUUCUAAAUAUAGUACAUACAUUUAUAAGUUAUUGUACUCAGCAAUUUAAUUGAACAUUAACAAAUAUUUCAACUUGGUACUGAAGAUGAAUAAAAAAAUGGCACAAGUUUAAAAUAUGGCAUUUUCUUAAGCAAAGCAAUAUGAGCAUUGCAGAACCAGUAGUAAACCUUUUAUUAAUCUAACUCUUGACCUUGAAUAAACCCAUAAAAUAAACAUGUGGAAUGAUAAAAUUAAUCACUGUUCAUAGAAAGAUUUUAUUGCUAUUAAAAAUACAUAUGAAAAGUAUCUGAUUGCUAGAAUAAUCUACAAAUUAUAAAAAUAAUAUUGGAUAAGAAUAAUUUCAAGCAGUCUAUGGUAUAUUUGUAAUUAGACUGUUAUCAUAUCAGAACUACCGAUUUACUUGAAUAGGUAUGGUAUGAAUAAUGAAACUUAAAUACUGCUGGAAUGGUAUUUAUAAAAACAUAUUCAAGCAUAAAUGGCCACAAUACAAGUCACCGGCUUAACUAAACUGUUUCACAAACAUAUUAUACAACACACUCUAAAACAAAUUGGCAAUACCCACAAAUAAAAUUGGAAGUGAUAUAAGAAAAAGAAAACUACUUACAGCUGAUCAGAACAGAAAUGAAUACCUAUCAAUAACAUAAUACCUAUCGAUAACAUCAUGUCAAGAGCCAUAGGCAUGAAUAUGAACAAUUAAGUGCAAGAACCACUACACAAACAUGAAACUGUACAUAAGAGAACAAUUAUUGUUAUUUUCCACUAUAAUUUAAUGAUUGCUCCCUUCAUUAAAAACAAAUCAGCUGUACAUAGUAUUCUGAAACUUUUCUUCCCUUCAAUAGCUUCACUAAGAUUAGGUCAAACAUGUGUCAAAAAGAUCACCAUGGUAAAUUAUGGUACGUGCAGUUAUGUAAAAUCCCCCACAUAUUAAUUUCUUGUAUAAAAAUUACAUAUCCUAACUUCAAUAAUAAAAAUACACAAUGUGUUUUAGCACAGCUUUAUUUAUAGAAACCUAAAAUGAUCAAAAAACUGUUUAAAAUUCAAAAAAAAUAUUAAACUAUGGUUUAACUAAAUUGAUAAGGUUGAAAAAUUAGUUUAGACAUACUAUAAAUUACAUAUAACAUAUAGUAAAGGAAUGUAUGUUUUCUUUUGGUAACAAACCAUUAUCAAAACACACAUUGGUUACCAAAUGUUAACAAACUUCACUUCAGAGAUACUUUAAAAUAUAUUUAGUACCGAGAAUGUGAUCUUGAACGGCUCAUUGACCUAUAUCGUGAGUCAGGAGAAAAACUAUUUCUACGCACAGGUGAAUAAGUAGGAGAUCCUCGUCUACGUGGUGAUGCACUUCUGCUUCUUGACCUGCCACCUCUUUCACCACUACUUCUGUCAUAGCUGUCUCUUCCUCCAUAAUAAUCUUCUUUCACUCGAAUGUAUGAAGUCUCACCUUCAUGAGAACGAAACCGAGAAUCAUCUAGCUUCUUAUAAGCAUAUUUCAUAUCAUCAUAACGCAAAAAUUCAACGACACCAGUUCCAUCUUUAAAUACAUCAGCAAAACAAACGUCACCGGCUUCUCUCAUGUGAUCUUUUAAAUCUUGCCAGCUCCCUGAAGGAGGGAGACCACUAACAAUAACUCUAUAUUGUGAUCUUCUAGCUGGUGGCCCUCUGCCUCUUCCUCCAAAGCCACUUCCCAUACUAGCCCCUCCUCUAUUUCUAUAACCACUAGGGCCUCCACCUCUGGGAAAUUCAACUCUUAACUUAUAACCAUCAUAAUCAUAUCCAUCUCUAGCAUGAACAGCAUCUUCAGCAUCUCGUGGAUCUUCAAAUUCUACAAAAGCAAAAGGCGGGCCUCGGCGGUUUUUAAGAUCAACAAACGUUACCUUACCAAAUUUAUAAAAUAAAUCUUGAAUGUCUUUCGUUCUAAUAUCUGGUGGCAAGUUUCCAACGUAAAUCCUACAUUCAUUGCGACCAGACAUAACUAAACAAAUAACCUAAAUAAACAAAACUGAUACAGAGAACUGAGCAAAACAAACCGGCAGUUUAAAUGGCUAAACUCGUAUCCCACAGCGCUAUCUGCGGAGCCAUUUUGGUUACC